CACCCAACAGCACAGAGGUUGCCACUCGGCAGCACUGCAGGUUCUAGAAUGAGCAGUUAGGACACCACCAGAGGCGCGUCCGCCCCUGCCUUCACUUGGUGCCUGAAUUCCUGAACCCAAGGCUCUGGAUUCAACCUUUCAAGGAAAACAUGACCCUUCGCUUUUUGCUUCUGACCUCCCUUUUCCUGCUCAUCUCCGAUUCCUGUGAGUUCUUCACUGAAGCCAGUUAUCCCCGAAGCUAUCCUUGCGAUGUGAAAAACAAAAAUGGCUCUUUUAUUGCAGAAUGUAACAGUCGUCGAUUACAGGAAGUACCCCAAACAGUGGACAAAGCUGUGACAGAAGUAGACCUGUCUGAUAAUUUCAUCACACGUAUAACGAAUGAAUCCUUUCAAGGGCUGCAAAAUCUGACUAAAAUCAACCUGAACCAUAAUGCCAAGUCCCAGAGUGGAAAUCCUGCUGUAAAGAAAGCUAUGACUAUUACAGACGGGGCAUUUCUCAACCUCAAACACCUAAGGGAGUUGCUGCUGGAAGACAACCAGUUACAAGAAAUACCGGCUGGUUUGCCAGAAUCUUUGAAAGAACUUAGUCUAAUUCAAAACAAUAUAAUUACGUUAACGAAAAAGAACACUUCUGGACUUGGGAACCUGGAACGUCUCUAUUUGGGCUGGAACUGUUAUUUUGCUUGUAGUAAAAAAUUUAGCAUAGAAAAUGGAGCAUUCCAAAACCUUACCAAGUUGAAGGUGCUGUCAUUAUCUUUUAAUCCCCUUCACAGCGUGCCACCGAGUCUGCCAAGCUCGCUAACAGAACUCUACCUUAGCAAUACCCAUAUUGGAAACGUCAGUGAAGAAGACUUCAAGGAACUGAGCAAUUUAAGAGUACUAGAUUUAAGUGGAAACUGCCCGAGAUGUUUUAACGCUCCGUUUCCCUGUGUACCUUGCCAAGGAGGUGCUUCAAUUCAGAUACACCCUCUUGCUUUUCAAACUCUGACCCAACUUCGCUACCUAAACCUCUCUAGCACUUCGCUCCGGAAGGUUCCUGCCAGCUGGUUUGACAACAUGCACAAUCUGAAGGUGUUGGAUCUUGAAUUCAACUAUUUAAUGGACGAAAUAGCCUCGGGGGAAUUUUUGACAAAAUUGCCCUCCUUAGAAAUACUUGAUUUAUCUUACAACUACGAACUGAAAAAAUAUCCUCAGCACAUUAACAUUUCCAAAAAUUUCUCAAAGCUUAUAUCUCUCCAGAUGUUGCAUUUAAGAGGUUAUGUGUUCCAGGAACUUAGAAGGAAAGAUUUCAAGCCCCUGCAGCACCUCUCAAAUUUAACGACUAUCAACUUGGGUGUUAACUUUAUUAAGCAGAUUGAUUUUAGCAUUUUCCACUGGUUCCCCAACCUGAAAAUCGUUUACUUGUCAGAAAACAGAAUAUCGCCCUUGGUCAGUGAUACUGAGCAACAUGAUGCAAAUAGGACCUUUUUCCAGAGUCACAUCCUGAAGCGACGCUCAGCUGAUAUUCAAUUUGACCCACAUUCGAAUUUUUAUCAUAACACCCAUCCUUUAAUAAAGACAGAAUGUUCACGUCUUGGCAAUGCCUUAGAUUUAAGCUUGAACAGUAUUUUCUUUAUUGGGGUAAACCAGUUUAAAGAUUUUGGAAACAUUUCCUGUUUAAAUCUGUCUUCAAAUGGCAAUGGCCAGGUGUUAAAUGGAACGGAAUUUUCACGCUUGUCUGGUAUCAAGUAUUUGGAUUUGACAAACAAUAGACUAGACUUUGAUGAUGAUGCUGCUUUCAGUGAGUUGCCAUUGUUGGAAGUUCUCGAUCUCAGCUACAAUGCGCACUAUUUCCGAAUAGCAGGGGUAACGCACCGUCUAGGAUUUAUUGAGCAUUUAACUAACCUGAGAGUUUUAAACUUGAGCAACAAUGACAUUUUUACUUUAACAGAAACACAACUGAAAAGCGCGUCCCUAGGAGAAUUAGUUUUCAGUGGGAACCGCCUUGACCUUCUGUGGAAUGCUCAAGAUGUCAGGUACUGGCAAAUUUUUCAAAAUCUCACCAAUCUGACCCGGCUUGACUUAGCCCGUAAUAACCUUCAGCAUAUCUCCAGUCAGACCUUCCUUAACUUGCCCAGGACUCUCACUGACCUAUAUAUAAAUGAUAACAUGUUAAAUUUCUUUAACUGGUCAUUACUGGAAUACUUCCCUCACCUCAGGUUGCUUGACUUAAGUGGAAACCAGCUGUUCUUUUUAACCAAUAGCCUAUCUACAUUUGCAUCUUCUCUUGAGACGCUACUACUGAGUCGAAACAGAAUUUCCCACCUGCCAUCUGACUUUCUUUCUGGAGCCAGCAGCCUGAUACACCUCGAUUUGAGCUCCAACCAGCUCAAGAUGCUCAACAGAUCCACGUUUGAAACGAAGACCGCCACCAAGUUAACCAUUUUGGAACUAGGGAGUAACCCUUUUGACUGUACCUGUGACUUCGGAGAUUUUCGAGAAUGGAUGGACGGAAAUCUGAACGUCAGGGUUCCCAGACUGACCGAUGUCAUUUGUGCUAGUCCUGGGGAUCAAGAAGGCAAGAGCAUUGUGAGUCUAGACCUCACCACUUGUGUUUCAGAUACCAUUGCGGCCAUAUUCUGUUUCUUAACCUUUUCUGUCACCAUCUCAGUGAUGCUGGCUGCCCUGGCCCACCACUGGUUUUACUGGGAUGCUUGGUUUAUCUACCAUGUGUGCUUAGCUAAGGUCAAAGGCUACAGGUCUCUGUCCACAUCCCAGACUUUCUACGAUGCUUAUGUUUCUUAUGACACCAAAGACGCUUCUGUCACGGACUGGGUGAUCAAUGAAUUGCGCUUCCACCUGGAAGAGAGUGAGGACAAGAACGUGCUCCUGUGUUUAGAGGAAAGGGAUUGGGACCCGGGUCUAGCCAUCAUCGACAACCUCAUGCAGAGCAUCAACCAAAGCAAGAAAACAAUAUUUGUUUUAACCAAAAAAUAUGCCAAAAACUGGAAUUUUAAAACGGCAUUCUACUUGGCCUUGCAGAGGCUAAUGGAGGAGAAUAUGGAUGUGAUUGUCUUUAUUCUGCUGGAGCCAGUGUUGCAGCAUUCGCAGUAUUUGAGGCUGCGGCAGAGGAUCUGCAAGAGUUCCAUCCUCCAGUGGCCUGAUAACCCCAAGGCGGAAGGCUUGUUUUGGCAGAGUCUGAAAAAUGUCGUCCUAACAGCCAACGAUUCACGGUAUAACAACUUGUAUGUCAAUUCCAUUAAGCAGUACUAACUGAUGUUAAGCCAGGGGUCACAGGCAUAGUCAAAAUGCACAGCAAUGCUCCUUUUGUUCUUAGCUGUCACUUGCUGUAUAACAGAGUACUCCAAACUUUAUAGCUUAAAAUGAUACACUUUGUUGUGUCAUCGUCUCUGUGGACCAGGAAUCCGGGCUUGAGUUCUGGCUCAGGGCCCCUCAAAGGCAGUAAUCUCUCUGUCAGCCAGGGCCACAGGCAUCUACUACGGUUAGCAUCCACUUCAGAGGCUGCAUUUGUGUGGUGGUUUUCAGGACUGAGUUCUCCCUGGGCUGCCGGCCCAAGGCUACACUCAGUUCAUGGCCACAUGGAUGGACCCUUCCCUGUGGCCGCUUGCUUUAGCAAAGCCAGCAAGAAAGACAGGUUGCUGACACAAUGGAAGUCGCCAUCUUUGUAACCCAAUCAGGGAAGUGAUAACACCUCACUCUGGCCAUAUUCUGCUGGUUAGAAGUAAAUCAGCGGCCCUGCCAGCUCCAUGGGAGUGAUCACCUCAGUCCGGGGAAAGUAGUCUAUGACCAAGGUGGGCAGUCAUGGUAAGCUCGCUCAGCCUGCCAUCUCAGUCGUAAAUGGUGAACACCAGGAGCAGGGAUCACUGUGGCCAUCCUGACAGUUGGCCUGCUCUGCCUUCUUUUCAGUAUCUCAGAACUUUUGUGACUGUAAUAGUUCUGAUGUUAAGUUGCUAUUUAGAUUUAUCAUAUAUCCAUGGCUAUGUGGUUAUAUUAUGUUAUGGUUGCAUUAGGCCUUCUUUUAUAAUUAGUUUUUAUAAAUACUGGCUAUAAUAUUUCAAUUCUAAGGUUUAGAUACCAUUUAAAGGCUAAGAUGGAUGGUAGUUAAGUUUGUUUGUUUGUUUGCUUAACCAUUUUUUUAAGUCUGCAGCUAAAUUAGAAACAUUUGGCAUUAUCUGUCAAUCACCAUUGCUGUAAAUCAUGAAGUUAAUUAUUAAAAUGCUUCUUUUCACAUCA